AUAUAUCUUGAUAUAGAAAUGUUACACACUCAUCAAUUGCGUAUUCACACAUGAUUAUAGCGCAUAUAUGUGUAGAUUUUCAAAGAAAUAAAAAUGCUUCCCAAACUUAUCAACUAAAAAAAGUCUGGUGAAGCAAGUUAAAAUUAGAUCAUAAAAUACACAAAAUUGAAUACUCUUAGCAAUGUCUAAAGAAUAAAGAGUGUAGAAAAAGCUUUUCGAUUUAUAGUAUUAUUUUAGUGUCUUGCUCAUAUACAUUUUUCACACAUCAUUUAUUUUGUAUCGAUAUACCGAUAGAGGUAGAAUCUUUUGAUUACUACAAUUUAACGUUUCCUUUCAUUCAAACAUAUUAGUAUUUCUCUGUGUUUAUUCAGAUUUGUCACUUUGUAUUUCAAAAAAUGGAAGAUACAGCUCUAUGCUAAUGAAUAUUCAACUUUUUGAAAUUUUGGGUUUAUUUCAUUUCUAUCCUAAAGGAGAGUAGAUAAAGGGAAAACUCUUUUCUAGAAACCACAAUGGUAAAGAUAAAGAGCCAGUCUUCGAUCAGCAUCCCCGAGGGCGUCUCGGUGGAGUUCAAGAACCGCAUUUUGACCGUCAAGGGCCCUCGCGGCACUCUUACGCGAGACUUCCGCUACCUCCAGCUUGACUUCCGUGUAGAUAACGUGAAGCGCACCUUCACCGUGAUUCGCUGGUUCGGCUCCAAAAUCCCGAUCGCGUGCAUCAACACAACCCUCUCCCACGUGCGCAAUCUCAUCUGCGGCGUCACCAAGGGCUUCCGCUUUAAGAUCCGCAGCGCCUACGCGCACUUUCCUAUCAACAUCAACGUCGAAGGCCAGAAUAUCGAAAUUCGGAACUUUCUGGGGGAAAAACGCGUGCGCCGAGUGCUUCUCCCGGACUCCAUCAAAGUCUACCAAACCGACCCGUCUAAGGUCAAGGAUGAACUAGUGCUUGAAGGGAACGAUCUCGAGCAGGUCUCCCGCGAGGCCGCCGUCCUCCACCAGUUGUGCGCGGUCAAGAAGAAGGAUAUCCGUAAGUUCUUGGACGGUAUCUACGUCCAGACGAAGACGAAUGUGGAGGUUUCGGCUUAGAGUAGGCGAUUGAAGGCAAGUAAGGUGAACUCUCAUGGAUGUGUUUCCUCUCUCCUUUCCCAUUACCAAAAUUUCUCCAUUCUUUUCCUCAUUCGAAUGUUUUUUUGGGCUAAAAAAGGAUUCUUUCUUAAUUCUCAAAGGUGCCACCCGUACAUGGUUUGUACCCGAUCAUGACUUGUGUGCGUGGUAAGCACCUAUGAGUAAUUUAGGGGGCUCUAUACUUCUUUUA